AACUUGUAUACACCUGUUUCUUCAUGCUUUGCAUUAUGUGUAUUCAUUUGAAUUACUUUUUUUUUGACAGGUAUUGAUCUGGCUUUCAUUGAGAAUGGUUUUAUCUAUCAUACCAAGUAUGACACUGCUGACAGGAUUCUGACCGACUCCAUACAGAGGGCUGGUGAUAAUAUCUUGGCAGUCCUGAAGCACCUGGUAAUGUCAGAGAAGCUGGCGGAUUCCUCUGAGUAUCGCCAUGGUAACAUGGUGUUCUUCGACCUCUUGGGGGUCAUGGUGGUAGCUUACCCGGCUCGUGUUGGCACCAUUCUUAACUACGUGGUCGCUGCAGCCACUUUCCUCUAUCUGGCUAAGAAAGCCUCACUGCCUGGCAAUGGGGGUGGUCGAUAUGUUCGAGACUUGGCCUUUGCCACAGGCGUAGCGGUGCUGAGCUGGUUUGUCACUCUGCUGUCAGUGCUGAUCGUUGCCCUGCUUGUCACUCUGCUGGGCCGCUCCAUGUUUUGGUACAACCACUUCUAUGCCUCCAUCUGCCUGUACGGAACUGCUGCCACUGGCAAAAUGAUUCUAGUUCACACGCUGGCCAAAAACCUCUACUACGGAGGUGUCCGCCUGGUGGAGCUGGGUGAUCUGUACUUUGAUGUGAGCUUAUUGCUGUGGUGUUGCAGCCUGGUGUGGCUCAGCCAGCAGGGCCUGUGCUCAGCCUAUGUCCCAAUGCUAAUGGUGGCCUUCCCCCUGGCCACCCGACUGCUGCUGGCCAACGAGUUUAAGCACAGAGGAGCGUCAGUGAAGUAUAGCAUCCUCUACCUGCUGGGUUUAGCACUACCUUACGUUCACUUCAUGUUCCUUAUCUGGGUGGUGUUUGAGAUUUUCACACCUAUCAUGGGGCGCAGCGGAACAGAAAUACCACCUGAAGUGGUGCUGGCCUCUUUGGUCACCCUGACCACCAUCUUCCUCUCCUCUUUUUUUCUUCAUUUCAUCUACUUAGUACGGAGCACUAAGUGGAUCCUGGCUGGUUUGGGUUCAGUUUUCCUCAUCAUGUUCCUCUUGGUGUCCUCUGGUGUCUUUUUCCCAUAUUCGGGCAAUCCUGACAGUCCGAGGCCAAAAAGAGUCUUCCUGCAGCAUACCACACGGACCUUCCACAAUCUCCAGGGUGAGGUGGAGAGCCAGGACUCUGGUCUGUGGAUUAACAGUUUUGACUACACAGGCAUUCAGCACGUCACACCCCACAUCCCUGAGAUCAACGACAGCGUUCGCACUCGCUGCCGGGAGGACCGGCCCUUCUGCGGUUACCCCUGGUUCCUGCCAGUGAAAUUCCUCAGCAAGAAGAACUGGUACCUUCCUGCGUCAGAGGUGUCUCCCAGCUCUCCAGUGGAGUUUCAGCUGGUGUCCAAAGAGGAGACCAGCUGGGGAACCAUCAAGAUGACGUUCAGUGCCAAAGGUCCCAGCCAUAUGUCUCUGUAUUUGAUGCCGCAUCAUGGAGCCAGUCUCUCCACCUGGUCAUUUGGUGACGGUACGCCGCAGUUUGACCUCAGUGGAGAAUAUUUUGUCUUCUAUUCUCAUGGCCUCGAUGCCCCUGUUUGGACCUUCUGGUUUGAAAUACAGCCUCCCAGAGAUCCGGACCCCUCGGGACCAGAGGGGAUGAUCUCAGUUGCCCUCUCCUCCCACUAUUUCUUUGGGGCGGACCAGAGGACUGCUCAGCUGGAGGAAAUCAUCGGCAGGUUUCCAAAGUGGGCUUUCCCUUCGUCUUGGGUCAGUACCUACGACAUGUACCGAUACUGAAGACGUCACAGGUCCCAGAAGCUGCUGCCGAGGAGAACCAAGGGCCAUGACAGGACCCCACCCCCUCCAAGACAAAGAAACAAACAAUCCUGAGGACUGGCACUGCUACCUUUUCACUCUAACAGACACACAUGAACCCACACUCCCUCCCAGCCUUCCUGAGAGACCCCCAACACUGUGUCAGUAGGCUUUGUAGCUCACAGAGCAGGAAGUAGAUGAGGCAGAGGUAAGCUGACGUCAGCUCCCAGACGUACUAACUCACUGACUGAUGCACCAGCUGACACAAGCCCCACGCUCACUCCUGCAUCAGUGAAACAGAGGGGUUAAGAGUCGAUAAGUGUUUUUGUACUAGAUCUGUUGUGCCUUUGCUUUACUCUAUUACACCCCUGUUUCCUACUUUCCUUCUCCUGCCUUCACGUGCUAUGGGAGUUAUGGUGAAUACUAGUUACGAACUUCAAAAUCGCACAUGAAUGCCCCCUCAUGUCGUAUUGUCCACUGGAGAACUGGGAACAAAUUUUGACACACGAGCUGACGAGAUGAAAAUAAUCUUUGACCUUUUCAACAUGGGGGAGAGGAAUGAGGGAUUCAUCGUGAAUGAUGAACAAUGCUUUUAUUGACAUUCUGCUGUUGUUGGCUGAUGAUUUUGCACUUUUAUAGCAUACGCAACUUGCAAAAAAAAAAAAAAAUGUAGCAGAUGAAUUACCACAUCCAAAAUGAUGUUACCCAAGUAGCAGGUCACGAUAAAUUGUGCGUCAGCCAUUUUUCAUUUCACUACAACAACAAAAGCACUUGAACACAACGGACUCGUAGUUUGGAAUUCACUAGUGGAAAGGAUCAUCUUCCCAAUAGCACCUGAAGGCAGCCUUAGUCCCCUGUUCUUCCUCUUUGUCUCAUGCUAAUUCUCUUCCUGAAUGAUUAAUGUCGCAUGGUCCCCCCACCCUCCUACUUAGUCUUGAUCAGCAAACCACUAGUUGGGCCAUUUCUACACUAAAAGUGACACUGGCUUCCUCUGCGGGAAUAACAAUCCGCCAUCACUGUCUACACUGUAGAUAUAGUGGAAUACUGACAGAUCUGUCAGGGAAGGGAAAAACCUCAACUGGAAACACCGUCACUUUGAGAGUCUGUUUGUGUUGAUGCACAUUUGUUACAUAGCUGAAUACUUUUUGUAUUGACUCAGCAGUCAGCUGUGAGUCAGCUCAUCACCAUUCCUCACUGAGAUGACUGAUUUCCAGCAUUUUGAACCGCACUGUAUUGCAUUGAGGAAUGCUAACAAUCUGCUUUUAACUGUGAAAAAGGCAAAAACAGCCAGCCAAAAUCCAAACUUCAGCUGGUACAGAUAGGGAUAUUUAUUUUCUGAGGUCUUAAAAUGCCCUGCCUGAUGUGUUCAGGUGAAGGCAUGAUUGUGCUUAUGGGAUGAAUGAUUUUUGUGUUUCUUUUUUUUUUUUUUUUUGCUGUUAUUGCUUUGAAGCUUGAUGAGGCGUGGAGAGGAAGUAAGGAUUGGCAGCCAUUGAAAUAACCUGUGGUUCAAAGUACCUCCCAGACCGGUGAAUGUGGCUGUGGAAAAUCAGCAACUUCAGGUCCAUAUCUCAUCAGCUUGUUAGCUUUCAUCUGGGAGUGUCAGUUAUUUACAUUUGCUUGUUACUGUAGGAAUGUAUGGACUUUAUUCCAAACUUGGCUUGUGAUUUAUGCUAUAAGCAUCUCCAGUGCCACCAAUGAGCAUCCAUUUACACUGGUUAGGGCUGUCAUCAUGAUGUUUAAUAAUUGUCACAGAUGUAAUUGCAAUUAAUCAUAUAAUUGUCUUUUUCUGUCCAUUUUAUGACCAGUAAUGUGCCUACAGUAAACCAUAUGGAGAAAAGUCUUUUUUCAUUGAAAACCAGAACACAUUAUAAAAAUUGUACUUUUUUCUGCUUUUUUUUUUUAGAUAACUGCGUAGGUUGGAUUUGACAUGAUGCAAACUUACAAAGCCUCCUGCUAUUUACACAGCCUGAACAAAAAAGAACCCACAUGGAUUUAACUCGGCAAUUAGUUUUAGAGCCUUCCAUUUGAUAAUUACUGCAGUGAGUAAUAUGCUUUAGCUUUUUUUUGGCCAUUCUGUGCAUGUAGUAAAAAAUAGCAAAAAUUAAGGACACCACCAGUUUUAUUAUGUACAGGUAUGCGUUUAGGUAACAUGAAUUUUUUUGUUUAUACUUGAAACAUUUUUCUCAAAUAAGAAUAAUCCUAAUAAUGAAAAUAAAGCAAAUUAAUAUUGAUUUUUAAAGGUCAACUGUGUAAGAUUUAGGCAGAUCUAAUUGCAGCCAUGGAAUAUAAUAUUAAUAAUUUUCUUUUCAGUAGUGUAUAGUUGCACAAAUAUGAGAAUCAUGUUUUCAUUACCAUAGAAUGAGCCGUUUAUAUCUACAGGAGGAGCAGGUUCAUUGUUUUGUGUCAUCAUGUUUCUACUAUUAUCCAUGUAACCACAGCCACAGUCAUUUGUGGAAAGGCUGAAAGAUCUCUUAAUUUUUUUCCACAAAUGUCCUGUAUGUACUUCACAUUUAACAAUAAUCUUCAGUAGAUGUAGUACAUUGAGUAACAGUCCUAAUCCCCAAUGUAAGUGGAGCUGCACUGAGCACCUCAUUCACUUUCAUCAUAAAAUAUUUCAAAGAAUGUGUAGUUCUGCAUUGGUCCUGCUGGAGAUAGCUCAUUAUUGUACCUUUGGUGCCCACUUCUUUUUUCUAAAGUGUGUGUUGCUUCUAUUCUCUCAUCUCAUGUGAAGUGGGUAUCAUAGGGGGAAUCCACACCAGUUUCAUAUGUUCACACCGUCAUCACUUCAAACAUCAAAACAAGUUCUUAGCAUCACUGACACUUGCUCUGAAUGUCUCAGCAGAUAGAGGAGUUUUUUGAGCAUUCCUCUGUAUUCUCCUGACAUAGUGACAUAGUAUAGAUGUAUCAGAUAUUUGUCAGACUAGCUGUUCUGUCAGAGUCUCACAUGUAGGUGAAGUCUGGUCAAACGCACACAAUACAUAAUAUUCUCACGCUUCCUACAAAUAGUCCAGGAUGAAACCAGGUUGUAAAAACAUGUGCAAUUAUGUGCACUUGGAUAAACUGAGCAAAACAAACAUGAUGACAAACAUGUUGUGUUGUGUCUACUUUGUGUUAUCCUGCCUUCACAUGCUAUGGGAGUUAUGGUAAAUACUACUUACAAACUUGAAAAUUGCACGUGUAUCGUACAUCGUAUUUUUCACUGAAGAACUUGGAAAAAAAUUUUGAUACAUGAGCUGUCGAGAUGAAAAUAACCUUUGACCUUUUCAACAUGGCGCAGAGCAAUGGGGGAUUCAUUGUGAAUGACAAUACUUUUAUGAAUGUUCUGCUGCUGUUAGUGAAUUUUGCACAUUUAUAGUAUACCCAAUUUGUAAAAAAAAAAAAAAAAAAAAAAAAGCACUGUCAGAUGGAUAAACACAUCUAAAACUGUUUUUACUCAAGUAGCAGGUCACGUUAAAUUGUGUCACCCAUUUUUCAUUUCACUAGACAACAAAAACACUUGAAAACAACAUACUCAUUAUUUCGAAUUCACAAGAUGAAAGAAUCAUUUUCACCAUAGUGCGUGAAGGCAGCAUAAAUACAGUGAUAUCUUCCAUGCUGUGAUCCAUGCUUUAGUCAAACCGAAUAAGAAAUUCUGACAUGAAGGAGGCCUUAUAGUUCUGCUUCCAAAGACACACUAAUGUUUAUUACAUUGGACACAGAGAAAAGGAUAUAAAAUAUGUCUCAGUGGUCUUAAUGCUAUCAAGUGCCACACUGUACAGAAGAGAGGAACUUUGAUAUCUGUGAAGCAUCUGUAAAGUUGAAUAUGUGUCACAGCACUUGGCAACUGAUUGCUCUACUGUGCUAUUUUCCACUCAAUGUGUAAGACCUGAGGAGCAGAAUAAAGAGAAUUAGAGCUGGG